CCCACUCCCUUCGAGCGAGUACCGCCAAAGUGCCGACGAGGGACGCACUUGGGACAAAACCAGUGAUUUCUGACUAGUGAUCACUCGGCGGCCCCAGAGUCGAAUCUCCAACGUCCAGAGGGAUAAAUUAAGGGGUCUCCAGGACAGCCCAUUUGCAUUAGCCGCGCACAACGAGGUCUUCCCUGGAUCUGACCGAAGCAUAUCCACCCACAGCGGUUACCGGUAUAUAUAUACACGUUCACGCCUCAUAUGGGCGGUCGCAGCGCCCCUUCUGUGUUCUCUGCUAUGGAUGCCAUCCAUUCGCCGCUGCCACCCCCACCAAGCCUCGCUGACGGGCUCGUGCAAGAGUUGUCGAACCUGAUCCGGGGCGACGUCUACAAUCGUGGCGAUCCCAAAUUCGCGUAUCAUUCUCGCCUCUGGAACGGGAAUAUUGUCUGUCGCUCCCAGGUCGUCGUCUGCCCCGUCGAUGCCCAGGACGUCUCCAAAGUGGUCUCCUUCUGCGCCAAGUACGGUUUGUCGCCCUCGGUGAAGGCGGGUGGGUACGGUACGGCCGGAUGGGCCGUCGCGGGCGACGUCGUCCUCGACCUCUCCCGCCUGGACGACCUCGACAUCGAGCCCCCGCUACCCGAGCCGGAGGUCAAGAUGGAUGGCGAUACGGAGGCGAAGGGCAGAAGGCUCAGAGACUGGACAAGCCUUCACGAGAUUGCCGCGGGCGGUAGCAAGGGCAAGGCUAAGGGCGGCAGGCCUACGCUGUCAAGCGACAUUGCUUCUGUCCCCGCUAAGCGGCAACGCUCGCCUUCAACGCCAGGCGUAUCCCGAUCUGUCGGCUCCGUAACGCCCGUUCCACCACCGCCAGAAGAGCUCAUGAGGCUCCCAGCCUCCAGCCGCGGCAUCCUCCCAGCCUCCUCCGCAACCGAGAUCUUUCUCGCCGGCCCGCCGUUGCCCCCACGCGCGCGCUACGCCCAAGACGCGCGCAUCGAUCCCGCAUCGGUUCGGGACGUUGAACCGACUACCAGAGGGCCAUGGGGCAUGGCGGGCGCCGAUGAUCCGCGACCUAGCAGCAGGCGCAGACUAACGGAGUCACCAACGGGUCCGGGUUCGGUCAUGUCCAUGGACGAUCCAUUCGGGUACAUGGAUUCGGGACCUCCCAGGCCGACGUCGCGCCCUUCGAUGCUGGGCUCUCCCAUGCGCACAUCCUCGGACGGGAGCAACCGACCACCCGGACGCGCACGCGCUUUACCAUCGCCUUCCUCGUCUGCGGCAGUAAACCCCGACGCAGACCCGUUCGGCUACAUGUCCGACGCGCCCGUCGUCUCCGGCGCACCUCCGUCCGUGGCGCAGAGACCGCCGCCGAUCGACACCGCCCGCCUGCCCGCACCCCCGAUGUUGGCCUCGACCUCUUCCUCGGGCCCCAACUCUUCCUCAUCCGGCAAUGGCUCAGCCUCGUCCGCAUCGGAAAGCACCGCCGCCACCUCCGCCUCCGGCUCCGGCUCCGCAUCCGGCUCCAGCGCUGGUGCCGGCGCGUCCUCCGCCUGGUCGUCCUAUUACCUCCUCGGCGCGAUCGGCUACGCGCAACCUGUGCACCCGCAUGCGUACGUUACCUUCGGCGCCGGCCGCAAGGUGAAGGACGUCGACCGGUUCUGUGCGGAGAACCCGCUGCCCGGAACGACGCUCGACGGCGCGGCAGCGACCGUGCCGUACCAUGUGCCCACCGCGGCGCACCCCGUCGGCUCGGCGAUCAUGCUCACCGGCGGCUUUGGGUUCCUCACGCGCUUGCACGGGCUCAGCGUUGACAACGUGGUCGAGGUUGAGAUGGUGCUCGCGGACGGGCGCGUCGUCAUCGUGAGCGAAGACGAACAUCCCGACUUGUGGUGGGCCAUUCGCGGUGGAGGCCCCGCAUUUGGCAUCGCGACGCGGUAUAAAGCCCGCGCGUACCCCGUACCCGUCGUGUUCGCGGGAAAUCUCAUAUACCGCUUCCACCGCGCGACGGCGCCCUCGCUCAUCAAGCACUUCCGCGACUGCGUAAAAGGAGCACCCCGCGAGCUGUAUUGCAACGUUCUACUCACCGCGGGACCCAAGGACCAGGAUUCGCUCGUCGUGAUCCAAAUGUGCUAUGUCGGCCCGAAAGAGCGUGGUCAAGAGUUCCUGCAGCUCAUUAGCAGCUGGGAGGGCGAACCCUGUCUACUGAACGAAGUGAGCGAGAAGAGCUUCCUCAAGCAGCAGGACAGCAUCGCGCAGGUGCUUCGUGGGCAGAUGGGACGAAAGUGGUUCAUUCGCUCGACCCUGAUCACCUCGCUGCCGGACGAAAUCAUAAACCAGACUGUGAUGAAGUUUGCAGACACGCCCAUCGGAUGCACGUGGCUUUUCGAACUGGCAGGCGGCGCGAUAGAGGACCAUGCGGAUACGUGCAUACCCAAAUCGCAGCGUCAGGCGGCCUUUACCAUCGCUGCCCUGCACCAGUGGGAGCUCCAUAUCGACGAUCCUCGCUGCAAGAGCUCCGCGGAAGAAUGGAUCGCCCAGACGAUUGCGCCCGUAUCGACCGGUGGUCCGUACACGUGUUUCCUCGGCCGACACGAAUCCGAAGCGAGGAUCUCCGCUUGCUUCGGAGAACAUUGGGCUCGCCUGCGGGACCUCAAAAACAAAUACGACCCUCAGGGCAUGUUCAGAAACAACUAUUGGCCGCUGGAUCCAGAACGCGACCCGGUCGUAGCCUACCACGACGAGCCCCGCUCUCCCUACCCGGACUAUUAGCCGGGAUACAUGCUUCGGUAGAACCUUGUAUGAUGCUGCUGGAACGUUCUGUACAAAACACGUUGCUGAGAUUCUUGCGCAUAUGUACAUGGGGGGGAGGCUUCCUGAUUACUCUUGUGUACAGGGGACUGGGGGAGGGGUAACGUAAAAUGAGUGGCUGUUAUACAUUGCAUCGGAACACACACAACAUGCGGAAUGCGGGUGUCAAGGCUUGGUAUCGGGGGAUGGAUAGGAGGAAAUGUAUGGCAUGCGAACGGGAAGAGUGAGAGGAAGAGAGAUCUGAAAUCAAGAAUUCUAGAUUCUAGUCGAUAGGCAACAGGAAGCUCGCGAGCGCCCAGCCGACGCGGUCCUGCUGGUCGCGCACGAGCAUGAGGCAGUCGUCGCCCUCGUCAACGUACAGAGGCAGAUCGCGGUGGAGGCUCGGAUGCCCGUGCUCCUCCAGGACUUCAAGGAUAUCGCCCACGCGUAGGACGGGGAAAGGCGUGCCGCGGUACUGCACGCCCUCCGGCGGCUCGCACGGGUGGAUGACUUGGCAAAAGUAUGUCGAGAACCGGCCGUCGUCGGGGAGUGGUGGGUGGGCUGUGUGGGGGUACUGCGAUGCGUCGCUUUUCUUCCGCCGCGAGCGCGAGGACGAGCGUGCCUGCUGAGGCUGUUGUUGUUGGCGGUGGGACGACGACGGCCGGAAGCUGUCGACCGCACCCGAGAGCUUACGUCUGAAGUUCGGCUUACGCGGCGAGUCGAGUCGCGAGCGCCCGCGCUCCGCUUCGCGAUCGGGUGCGAACGAGCUGAGCGAGUUAGAGCCGAGCAUGCCGGCUUCGUACGCGGCCACGGUGGGGCUCCGCUGCGUCGGCGCGGACAUGGACACAGGCAGGGAAAGGUGGCCGGUGUCGAGCGAGCGCGCGACGGAAGCGGACACGCUGCUCUUGCGGGGAGCGACGGGCAUGCUGCGCGUCUUGCUCGACGCGCGCGAGCCGUCGGCGUGCUGGCGCGGCGGGGCGAAGCCGAGCUCGUCCGGCGCGCCGUCGAGGUCGAAGAGGCCGAGCGCCGGGCCGGCGGGUCCGGAGGCGGCACGUGCGGGCGCGCGCGCGUUCUCGCGCGAGGGGCGCUUGCGGAGGGCGGCGCGGUGCUGCGCGACGUCCUGCCAUGCGGAGGGUUGCUGCUCGGGCUGCUCGCCGAGCAUACGCACGAGCUUGCUCCCGGAGCCGCCCGAGGGCGACUUCGCGACGCCAGGCGCGUGCAAGGGGUCGAGCGAGGCGAUGAUGGAGGGCACCAUGUUCUUCGCGAGUGGCGUCGCGGGCGCGGGCGAGCGCGGGUAUGGAACCGGGUACGAAUUCGCGUGGUGCGCGGGGAAGGAGGC